AUGAAUCCUUCGAGGAGUAUGCACAUUCACACGGGUGGUGGAGGAGGUACAUAUGGGCAGGAUAGUGGUGAGAGGAGGCCAGAGACUAGCAGCGGGCCCUCUGGAGCUGCUGGCGCGAGUUGGGCGAGCGAUGCGAUGCGGUAUAAUGCGGAUCGUCUGGGCGAAGACUACCCACCAUUCUUCACGCCAUCAUACCUCAAACACUCGAGACACGUGCAACGACUACGAAAGGCAUGGAAAGAGCAUGUAGCGGAAUUGCAAGAGCACGCGAGUCGGAACACAGGCAUGAGGCAGCCGUCAUUAUCGGCCAGCUCUAGUAGGGUCAAUCUGAGCAAGCUGCCUGCGGAUUAUCAGCGUGGGGCGGUGCAGGAUGUCAUUGAGAGGCUACCUCCACCAUCAGCAGCAAAUGAAGAUCGAUUACAUCCUCUGCCGAGCAGAUGGAGUGAAGAGGACAAGAUGAAUGGACUCGAGAUUAUGGCCGAUGGGACGGAAGUACGGUUCAAUGGAGUCACAAAGUCGACAGAUGAGGCAGCUGCGGUUAGGAGCGACUAUCCGAUGCCGAAAGAGUGUGGGAUAUUCUACUUCGAGGUGACGAUACUGUCACGAGGUAAGGACGGUUUGAUCGGGAUCGGGUUCUCUGGUAGGAAAGCGAACUUGAAUCGACUACCCGGAUGGGAGACAGAUUCGUGGGCGUAUCAUGGUGACGACGGCUUUGUCUUUGCUUGUACUGCAAGCGGCAAGCAGUACGGACCAAAGUUUGCAUCCCAGGAUGUCGUCGGAUGUGGUGUGAACUUUCGAACAGGCCAAGCCUUCUUUACAAAGAACGGAAACUAUCUCGGAAUGGCGUUCCCAAACAUCAAAGGCGAUACAUUAUACCCGUCUGUCGGAAUGAAGAAGCCUGGCGAACAUCUACGCAUCAACUUCGGCAAGACGCCGUUCGUCUUUGACAUCGACAGCAUGGUCGAGCAGGAACGACGUAGCAUCAUCUCGGACAUCAACAAAGCCGACGUGUCGAAUCUGCAUCCUCCUGACGACGAGAACGCGCUGAUCUACAACCUUGUCGGACAGUAUCUUGCCCAUGAAGGGUAUGUGGAGACGGCGAGAGCUUUCACAAGGGAUGUGCAGGAACGACAAAUACCCGGUCAAUCCCAAACAUAUCAGCUCACCAGUGAAGACGACGACAUCCAUGCCAUCAACAGGCAGAAGAUUCGAAAGAGCAUAUUGGAUGGCGAUAUCGAUCGAGCGCUGAAGUACACCUCGACCUAUUACCCUCGCCUCUUCCAAGACGGACGAAACAAGGACAUCUACUUCCGACUUCGAUGUCGAAAGUUCAUUGAGAUGAUGAGGCGGUAUACUGAAUUAGGCACAGCGGCAUCAUCACCAACUACGGUUACGAAAUCAGUCGAGUCGUUAGGGAGCAACGGCCAUGCUGAUGCUGCAGAAGAGCAAGAAGAGCCAGACGAACCACCUGACACUCAAAUGGAGCUGGACGACCAGAUUCAACGAGAGACAUCCAAGAGCCUCGAGCCGCCAUCUGCCACUGCCGCCGCCGACGAUGUCGACAUGGAUGCAUCACAGGAACUAUCGCCGAAGAUCACAUUCAUGAAAGCUGACCAGUUACUAUCGGAAGCAGUCAAGUAUGGCCAGGAGCUUCGUGAGGAAUUCGGAAGAGAUCCCCGACCGGGCGUGCAGAAGCAGCUGCAGGACAUAUUCGCCAUUGUCGCCUACCAGAAUGUCAGUGUCAGUCCGAUUGGGCAUUUGUUCGAUGCGAGAGGCAGAGGCGAGAUCGCUGAGGAGGUGAAUGGAGCUGUUUUGGUCUCGCUCGGCAAACCCUCGUCAGCAGCACUGGAGAAAGUCUGCGCUCAGACGGAGACUUUACUGGACGAAACAGCCAACAAGACUGGUGGCGCGGCGGCUUUUAUCAACGUCAGGCAGGAUUUCCUGCAGCCGGAACAGAGUCUGUCUUUCAAGACGACUUUCGAAUCAUGA